AUGACCACUCACGAGCUCACGAUCAACGACUACCUCUUCAUGCGGGUCCCCGUGGACAUCCUGGUGGCUCACAAGAGCACGGAGCUGCUCGCCCAGUUGUACGACCUGCUGAUGGCGCACGCCAAGUCGUUCUACUGGAUGCGCCACUUUUGCCAAUACAUCCGACAGCGCGUGCCCAACGUAGCGCCACAUGCGCCACCAACAGCCACGCUGACCGAGAUUGAUUGCACAGAGCCUCAGGUUGGGCGUGCGCACGUGUAA